AUGGUGUCGAUGGGAAGACAGAUGCUGGGCUUCGUCCUGGCUAUCAUUGGGUUCCUGGGGACCAUUAUUGUGUGUGCCCUGCCUAUGUGGAAAGUCACAGCCUUCAUCGGAGCCAACAUCGUGACUGCUCAGGUCAUAUGGGAGGGCUUGUGGAUGAACUGUGUGACCCAGAGCACAGGACAGAUGCAGUGCAAGAUCUACGACUCCCUCCUGGCCUUACCCCAGGACCUGCAGGCUGCCAGAGCUCUGAGCGUCAUCGCCAUCAUCGCAUCAUGCUUCGGCAUCCUCUUGGGAAUUUCUGGAGGAAAGUGCACCAACUUUGUAGAGGAUGAGGCUUCCAAAGCUAAAGUAGCCAUUGCCAGCGGGAUCGUCUUCAUCGUGGCUGGCGUCCUCAUCCUCGUCCCUGUCUGCUGGUCUGCCAACACCAUCAUCAGGGAUUUUUACAACCCUCUGCUGGUCGAGGCCCAGAGGAGGGAGCUGGGGGCCUCACUGUACAUCGGCUGGGGCACAGCAGGGCUCCUGAUUCUGGGAGGGGGGCUCCUCUGCAGCUCCUGCCCACCCAAGGAGGAGCGUGACGACUACCCAGUGAAGUACUCACAGGCAAGGUCCACAGCUACCAGCAGAGCUUACGUUUGAGCUGGAAACUGUUGAAAGAAAGACUGUAAAUUAUUUGAUUAUCUUUGGUAAUCUUCUGUGAAUUGAAAAUAUCAUGCAAGUUACUGGUAUUAUCCAGUCUUGUUCUUUUCCAUUUUACGUUUUGAAAGUGAUGUGAAAUCAGAACAGAGUGAAUAUGUGAAAACAAAUUAACUGAGCUCUUCAGAACUUUGCAAGAAAAAGACAAGACAGAACUGUUGCCUAUAAGAAAUGACGUUACAGAGAAGUAGUACUACUCUAUAUGCAGUGUCGAGGGAUCAUCUCAUGGGUCAUGGGGUGAUGACUGAAGUGAAUUGAAGCCAUUCCCAUAACCCUAACUUCUCUUUUACCGUAUAAGGACACUGUGCCAGAAUGAUAGUAUUGAUGUAAGAACAUGGACUAUAUGUACAUUAUAUAUGUAUAAUCGACUUGUCAUAACUUUGUACAGUAGAUCACAGUAUGUUUUGCA